CAGGAUCAAGUAUCAACAGUAGGUUGUUCAUGCUGAUAAAGUGUUUAUUGUUUAAAGAUAACAUUGGGUUACAUCAUUCAACUAACAGCUUAUUUCAUUCAUUUGCGAAGUCUGUUCGCAAACACACCCCAUAUAAAAAUUGUUUUAAAGUACAAAAUGUCAAUCAACAGUUCAUUAAUUUUAUUUUUACUACAAUUUGUACUGGACACACAUGGACAACCUCACAAUAAACAGUUUCGUGAUGAUUACACCUUUAUCAAAGAGACACAAAGUUUUUAUAAAUAUUUCUCUAACACUAAAACGUGGCAUGACGCGUUGACGACGUGCGCUAGAGAGGGCGCUACCCUAUUCUAUGCUGAGGACAAAGAAGAGUUCGAAGCAGUAGCGAAAUUUUGGACGCAAUUUGGAGAUGUUAUUUUCGUAGGCAUAUCGUCUUUUUUUUCAAAAGGGGUGUUCACAUCAUAUGAUAACAAACCAUUAACGGAUAUUUACAAUAACUGGUUUCCUGGAAAACCAGAUGAUAAAAAUGGGGAAGGGAACUGUGUUAUCAUGAGUAAACGUGGACAAAUGGAGGCCUUGAGUUGCACACAGAGAUGGCCUUUCAUUUGCAAGAAGACAUCAACAAACGUUGUUUGGCACCACGACUGUGAAACACCCUACGAUGGUUACGUAUUAAACAAAGACCUUGGAAGAUGUUACAAGUUCUUUUUGACUCCGAUGAAUUGGACAGAAGCGUUCGCAGUGUGUAACGCAGAAGAGUCUUACUUGGCGAUCAUUAACAGUAAGCAAGAGGCAAACUAUCUUAAAAAAUUAACAGAAGAUGCGCCAAAAGACAAAGUAAGAGGUGACUAUGCAGCCGGAGUUGUAAUGCUGGGCUUCGGUAAUCGAUUUAAGCAGGGCUGGCUUUCUGUCAAAGGUGCCACUAUAGAAGCCAGCGGUUAUUCGCAUUGGGGUUACGCUCAGCCCGACGUGGACAACAAGGACCUCUGCGGUGCCAUGUUCUACAAUGGGGAACUCACCUACAGCGACUGCUCGCCGCGCAGCUUCUUCAUAUGCGAAAAGGAAUAUACUUACACACGGCUUUGAUCUAAUGUUCGAAGACGAAUUUUGGUCUGACGGAUAAGAACAAUACAUUAUUAAUCCUCAUCCUCGAUUUAUUUUACGGUUAUUAGAAUUAUAUUUAUAUACAACCAGUUAUACAUGUCAAAUAUUCAGGGUUGAGUGUGUACUAAUCUUCCUUGAAGACAGCUUUGCCAACCAAAGGUAAAUAGCGCACAAAUGGUCCUCCGCAAGACAGCAACUGUCUUACUGGUUCGCACCACAACACAAUCCAAUAUAACAGCACCAAAUAGAAGAAGAUUGACACCAGCCGAUCCAGAAUAAAGAGUCUGAAACGUUA